AUGGAAAAGUUAUAUAUAGAGUAGAUCACAAAAUAAUAAGAGGAAAUCGAUGAACAGUUAAAACAAGCUUAAAAUUAGUAAUGUAGAGAUUGAGAUCAAAUUUAGAUGUUGAAUAUGUAUCAUCUAAGUUGGAUGAUAUUCUGAAAUAUCAAUAGUAGGAGAAUUCAAGUUUAUAAUCAUCUAAGUAAAUGACAGUACCAAUUGAAGAACUUGUUGGAUUAGCUAAGGAAUUAGAUGGAAGAUUCUAAAGGUCUAUAAGAUAGCUUCAGAUAAAAUAAGUAUGAAUUGUUGAUUAAAUUAAAAGGAUUAAUUAGAGAUUGAGCAGAGUUAAUGGAAGAAUUAAUUGAGAGAGAAGGAAUAAUAGCAAUUAUUAUAAUUAGAAUAAGAGAAAAGUCAGAUUGAUAAAUAAUUCAAAGAAAGAUUGAGGACUAUUCAUAUGAAAUGA